AUGUUGGGCACACCCCUCAACUGUGAGCUAGGAGAAGGCGAGGUUGUAGUGAACAACGACCUGCGCAUCUCCUUCCACCGUACGAUUCGAGUUCCAGACAAUGAUCAGAAGUCCUUUCUUCCACCGGACUUGGGUGCUUAUCCACUCAAACCCAUACAGGCUUACAGCAAGAAAAUGCCAACGGAGAUGACUUCCAAGGGUGGCCUCUUCUUCCCUAUGUAUCAGAGUGAAGCGAUGUGGAUCAACUUCGAAUGUCGCAAAUCUCAGCACUAUAUAAUCAAGAUCUACGUGGGCGGUGUCAAUGCCAUCUCUGGCGAGGCUGCAGUGGAGGACGCUGGCACGAAGCUCCGUCGCCAGGCGAAACUAGCAAGGCAGCACGCCAACGUUGACGCCGCUUCGUCUCUCCAGGACUACAUCAUCGUUCCAGGUCAAAAAUGGCUGGAUGGUAUCGCGGAAGCAGACGGCAGCGUUCGACAGUUUGUGGCUAUGCCGUUCGGCAGUGGCUAUUCCGUCGAGUCGCAGGUCACCGGCAAGGAUGCUGCUGGUGGCAUUCAGUUCGAGAUCACUCCAUACAAACCGCCUCAAGUGGCUUCCAACACUCAACGCUCUGCAAAUGGUCAUCAGAAAAGCUUUUCGAUCUUCGUAAAAACGUUGACUGGAAAACACAUAACUUUGAGCGUCUGGAAGGAAGACACGAUAUCCAUGAUCAAGGACAUGAUCCAAGUGAAGGAAGGCAUCCCUCUUAGUCAACAGCGCCUCAUAUUUAACGGUAAACAACUAGAAGAUGGACGCACGCUUGCUGAUUAUGGAAUUGAGAACGAAUUCACUAUUGUUCUCGUUCUCAACCUCCGUGGCGGAGGCACUGGUCCACCCCUAGAGAUGGCCGUCGCGGCUGGCGGGAAAAUCAAGCAAGGGAUCGUGGCAGACAAACUUGCAGACCACUGGCAAAGCGCUCGGACAACCGUCCUCAAUGUUCAGAUCCUAAACUCUGCCGUCUACCGUACAGUCACCGGCGAAGAUCCUCCCACGAUGCCAAUCGAUGCGAAGACAUAUGCGCGACACGGACUACCCUUCUACGACCUGUACGAGGAGCAGAGCGGCAUCUCCGGCGACUUCAGCAUGAUCAAGUCUAUUGGUCAGAUUGAUCACAAGGAGGAUGAUACUGCCACACCCAAGAUUGUUAAAAUCGGUGAGCAAGCGACUCAACUUCGCGUCGGCCUGACGAAUCCCAAUGGUCCUCUUCGCGGAUUCAGGACUGCUAGCGAUCUCAAAAAGGAGUAUGAGGGAUUCCAUGUCGUCCAAUUCUAG